AAAACACACACGGUAAAACCUUUGUCUUUCCGACUCCGGCAAGCUCAAAACCCUCCAUUGGAUUAAUUAUAGAGGGACAAGAGAGAUUUGUAGAAUCUAGAAAGCUUUCAUUUGGAGAUGCAUGAAGUGGAAUUAGAGCCACGGGUGAAACCCCUAACUUACAAAGUAAAGGGCAUUUCCAGAGAAUCGCCGUCGCAGAAAGCUUCUCAUGUUCUUGACAUUGACCUCCGUAAUCAUUGGUCCACAGCUACCAAUACUAAAGAAUGGAUUUUGCUUGAACUCGAUGAGCCUUGCCUGUUGUCACACAUAAGGAUAUACAAUAAAUCCGUAUUGGAAUGGGAAAUUUCAGUUGGCUUGCGAUAUAAGCCAGAGACUUUUAUAAAAGUUAGGCCACGGUGUGAAGCACCCCGCCGUGAUAUGAUGUACCCCAUGAACUACACUGCAUGUAGAUAUGUGAGGAUAUCUUGUUUAAGGGGAAAUCCCAUAGCUAUUUUCUUCAUUCAGCUGAUUGGUGUUCCUGUUACUGGUCUAGAACCCGAAUUUCAACCAGUUAUUAAUCACCUAUUGCCACAAAUCAUUUCUCAUAAACAAGAUGCAGAAGACAUUCAUCUUCAGCUGCUUCAAGAUUUGACAAACCGGUUGGUGACAUUUCUUCCCCAACUUGAGGCAGAUCUUAACAGUUUUCCAGAGGCUCCAGAAUCUACUCUAAGGUUUCUUGCUAUGCUUGCGGGACCCUUUUACCCAAUUCUUCAUGUACUAAAUGAGAGGGAAACUGCCAAAUCAGCAGGCAACAACACAUUGGACACCGAAGCAUCUAAAAACAGUCUUCCAUCACCAGCUUUAACAGUUUCCUCUAAUUUUGAGCCAAGGAGAUCACGUAACACAACAUCCACUUCCCCUCACACUUCCACUUCCACAGUUUUCCGAUCAGAUGCAAUCCUUUUAUUGCUAAGAAAGGCUUACAAAGAUUCUCAUCUAGGAGCUGUUUGCAGAAUGGCUUCUAAAGUUUUACUGAAGCUUGAAGUGGAACAUCCCACCACAAUGCAACAAGUGUCUAUCCCUUCAUCUGAUUCCGAUGCCAUGUCAGCAAUUAUUGAAAAAGCCACAAGCUCUGAAUCACUUACUCAAACCACAGAUUAUUCAGACUUAUUUGGAGAGGAGUUUCGGGUAGUAACUGAUGAUCACUGGGACUUUAAAUAUCUUCAACUGCUAGACAUUAAGGCAGUUGAAGAAGGAAUUCUACAUGUUCUUUUCGCUUGUGCAUCCCAACCUCUCCUUUGCAGCAAAUUGGCUGGAAACAGUUCUGAAUUCUGGCCCACGUUGCCACUCAUACAAGCUUUAUUGCCAGCACUUCGUCCUAAUUUUAACAGUUGGGGUCAAGUUGAUGACAGUUUCACUGCAUGGAGACAACCCUUUGUGCAACAUGCUCUCUCUCAGAUUGUGGUGACAUCAACUUCUCCAAUGUAUCGUCCACUGCUUCACGGAUGUGCUGGCUACUUGUCAUCCUUUUCACCAUCACAUGCCAAGGCUGCAUGUGUCCUCAUUGACCUCUGUACUGGUGUACUUGGACCAUGGUUAGGUCAAGUAACCGCAAAGGUGGAUUUAGCUGUGGAGCUUGUUGAGGACCUUUUAGGUGUAAUCCAUGGUGGUCGUCAUGCAAUAGGCGACUCACGUGCUGCUCUCAAGUACAUUGUUUUGACAUUAUCUGGGCAUAUGGACAGUGUAAUGGCAAAAUAUAAGGAUGUUAAGCAUCAGAUUCUCUUUCUUUUGGAAAUUCUAGAGCCUUUCCUUGAUCCAGCUCUAACCCCAGUAAAGACCACAAUACCCUUUGGAGAUGUAUCUCCAGUUUUUCAUGAUAAUCAAGAACAGAAUUGCAAUGUGGCAUUAAAUGUGAUCCGUACAGCUGUCACAAAAUCAGCCAUUCUCCCAUCAUUGGAAUCCGAAUGGAGGCGAGGUUCAGUUGCUCCUAUUGUACUUCUCUCAAUUUUGGAACCUCACAUGCAAUUACCACCCAACAUUGACCUCGGAAAAUCUCCCACAUCUCUAACCAUGGACCCUCAACCACCAGAUGUUUCCUCUCAAGAUGAUGUUGAUGGAAAGACAGACACUUCUGAUACAGCUAAGCAGGAUACUUUUGAUGAUGUCAGCGUUCUUUUUGCUCCACCUGAACUCAAGGACAUGGUGCUUACACAUGUUUCUGAUGCCAAUUCAGAAGAGAAACAUUUGAUCGAUAAAAAAAUAACCAUGAAAAAGGAUGAAAGUUUUAGUGCUAUUGAGUACUCUAAAUUGCAUACAGAGUGUCUACAUCUUAUGAGUUACAGUGAUUGUGAGUUAUGGGCCUCUGAAUUUAAACGUGUGGCUUUUGAUUUACAUUCACAGAGUGAGAUUACUUCUGAAAGCCAUAAUGCUUCUAUAGAUGCUCUGUUAUUGGCUGCAGAGUGCUAUGUAAAUCCCUUCUUUUUGAUGUCUUUCAAAGACAACAUCAUAAAGACUCAUCAUAACUAUAACUUCACAGAAAUCAGAAGAAUUUUGGAGAAAAAUGAAAGUAAUUUGGAAGCUAUAGCGCGUAUUGAAAAAAAGCGUGACAAAAUCGUUCUUGAAGUUCUUCUAGAAGCUGCUGAAUUAGAUCACAAGUAUCAGAAAAUAAUCUCUGAUGAAAACGAUGAUGUCAUGCAGUUUUCUCUAACAGAUACAUCAUCCAUGGAUGCCAUCACUUUGGUUCGACAAAAUCAAGAAUUAUUAUGCAAGUUUUUGAUAAAUUCUUUGCUUAAAGAACAACACUCGAUGCGUGAAAUUCUUUUACAAAGUUUGGUGUUUCUUUUACACUCAGCAACUAAACUUUAUUGUCCCCCUGAACGUAUCAUUGAAAUCAUAUUAAAAUCUUGUGAGUAUUUAAAUGAUCUUCUUGUAUCUUAUUGUCAUCAAGGCACAUUAGAAUUGGAAUUGAAUAAGGUACAUGAGGUAGAACGCCACUGGAUGCUUCUUCAAAGAUUGGUUGUAGCUUCAAGUGGAGGUGAUGAAGGGGGGCGAUUUAGUAAUUUGGUUCCUUCUUCAACUUGGGUGAACAAAAUAUCUUCCUUCUCUUCUUCUUCAUCUCCUUUAGUUCGAUUUAUCGGAUGGAUGGCUGUUUCACGUAAUGCAAAACAAUAUCAAAAGGAAAGACUCGUUCUUGCUUCUGAGUUGACUCAGUUAACAACUUUGUUGUCUAUUUUCACCGAUGAACUUGCGGUUAUCGAUGAUGUUUCUGGUCAACAAAUUGACCAGUCUUUUCGUGUUAUCUACCCUGAAAUUAGUCAAUUUUUUCCAAAUUUGAAGAAACAAUUUAAAGCGUUUGGGGAGAUUAUAUUGGAGGCUGUUGGAUUUCAACUGAGGGUUCUUCCUUCUAGUGUUGUACCAGAUUUGUUGUGUUGGUUUUCUGAGUUAUGUUCAUGGCCUUUACUGAAAGAAGAUGAUGACAUCAUACCUUCUAGAAGAUUUAAGGGGUUCCUUGCAAAAAAUGCAAAAGCAAUCAUUUUGUAUGUUCUUGAAGCCAUUGUAAGUGAACACAUGGAAGCAAUGGUUCCUGAAAUACCUAGAGUUGUACAAGUGCUUCAGUCCUUGUGUAAAACCUCGUAUGCUGAUGUGGCGUUUCUUGAUUCGGUUUUGUGUUUGUUAAAGCCAAUCAUCUCUUAUUCCUUAAAGAAGGCAUCGAAGGAGGAAGGUGGUUCAUGUGUUGAGUUUGAAUCUUUGUGCUUUGAUGAGCUUUUUAGUAACAUAAGAAAUCAAGUUACUCCUGAUGAACAAUAUAGCAGGGCUCCAACAAUUCUUGUUUUGGCCUCUGUUUUUCUUGAUUUAUCAGUAAAAAGGAAACAGGAGAUAUUACAAUCGCUUGUGUUUUGGGCUGAUUUUGCUACAUUUGAGUCGACAAAUUCUUUCCAUGACUAUCUUUCUGCAUUUCAAACAGUUAUGGAAAGCUGCAAAAGUUUGCUAGUUAAGAGACUACAAGUAUUAGGUGUCAUUCCUCUCAAAAUGAAUGGUGAAUCAUGUGAUGAUAAGGAUAAAUCUGAAUCACAUUCAAGUUUCCUGUUAGACGCAUACAAAGUGUUUGAUGAAAUGCCAAGUGACAUUAAUCAGUUGUCUGUUGAAGAAACAACAGAAUUCUCCAAAACCCUAGAAACUCUUCUCUCCAAACUUAAUCCCACCAUCGAGCUAUGCUGGAAACUCCAUCAUCAACCUGCUAAAAAACUCUCUGCCACGUCAGCAGAAUGCUUUGUGUACUCAAAAUGUCUAUCAUCCAUGUUAGAAAAAGAUUCAACCUUUUCAUGGAACAACAGUCUUGAAAAACUUGCUGAAAUGAUUCUUGUGCUACAAAAAAACAGUUGUUGGGAGAUUGCAUCUGAAAUUCUUGAUUGCAUACUUGAGACACCUUGUUUUUAUGAUUCAGAUAAAGUAAUUUCUCUUAUUUGUUCAGCAAUAAAGAUGUUUUCAUGCAAUGCACCAAAAGUUUCAUGGAGGUUACAAACAGAUAAAUGGUUGUCAUCAUUACUUUCUAGUGGGGCCCACAAUCUUCACUCCAGUGAAGCUUCUUUAAUUGAUCUGUUUUCUUCAAUGAUGAGUCACGUUGAACCAGAACAACGUUUCAUAGCACUGAAACACUUGGGAAGUCUGGUGGGCCAGGAAUCCGAGAGUGAAAUGACGAUACUGCCCUCUGAUGAGUCAGUUUUAUCUUCUAUUGUUUCAAGUACAUGGGAUGGAAUUGUUGUUCUAGCUUCAUCUGAUGUGUCACCUGUUUUGAGGACACGUGCGAUGGCUAUUUUGGUAAAAUGUGUUCCGUGUGCUGAGAGACUACAGUUACAAUCUGUUCUUGGUGCAGCUGAUAGUUUUCUCCCGUGUUUGGUCAACCUUGGUCAACAGACAUGUGAAGGACCUUUUAUGCAACUUUCAUUAGCUCUUAUUGGGAACAUCUGUCUCUAUUCUCCUGUUGAAGAUGUUCAUCUGAUUCCUCAAAGUAUUUGGAGAAAUAUUGAAACUUUGGGUCUUUCAGAAGCUGGAAAGCGUGAAGAUAUUGUUCGAAUUGCUUGUGAAGCUUUGUGUAAGCUUAAAAGUGAAGGGGAUGAAGCCAAAGGGAUUCUCAAGGGAGUUCUGACUUCAGAUUUUUCAAAAAAAGGAGACUCUGAUUUUGAAAGUACGCGUGAGACACUUCUUCAGGUCCUUGCAAAUUUGACUUCUGUACAAUCAUACUUUGAUUUCUUUUCGAAAAAAACCGAUGAAAAACUUAUGGAAAUUGAAGAGGCUGAAAUUGAAAUGGAUCUAAUACAGAAAGAGCAGUCUGUUGAGGAGUCAUCUAAUGAUGUCACAGAUUGGAGAAAGCUUCCUUUUCUAGCCAAUUAUGAGAAGGAAGAUAAACGUCUUCAAAAAAUUAAGGAUCACAUUCAGUCUCUGGAAAAGGCUAAGCUUAAAGAAGAAAUUGUAGCACGCAGACAGAAGAAAUUGGUGAUAAGACGUGCACGCCAAAAGUACUUAGAGGAGACAGCUUUCCAUGAAGCAGAGCUCCUUCAGGAACUUGAUAGGGAAAAGGCAGCCGAAACAGAAAAGGAGAUUGAGAGACAAAAGUUGCUUGCAAUUGAACGUGCAAAAACUAGGGAACUUCAACACAAUCUUGAUAUGGAGAAAGAAAAGAAAACACAAAGAGAACUCCAACGGGAGCUAGAACAGGCAGAAUCCCGAUCACAAUCACGAAGGGAAUAUUCCUCUGGUCCUAGUAGUCGGCCUCGAGAGAGAUAUCGUGAAAGGGAUAAUGGAAGAUCAACAAAUGAAGGCAACUUGAGAACAAGUGGCGGAAGCGGUGGUAGUGGUGGUGGUUUGCCGCCUGAUUUCACGAAUCCGACCAUUGUCCUGUCAGGGGGGCGGCAAUUUUCGGGCCAACCGCCGACUUUGCUACAACUGCGUGACCGCCAAGAUGAUGGUGGCAGUAGCUAUGAAGAAAACUUUGAUGGGAGCAGGGAUUCGGGAGAUACAGGGAGUGUUGGUGAAGCGGAUGUAAUGAUGGCAUUGGAGGGGCAAUCUGGUAAUUUUGGGUCUGGUCAACGGAAUGCUUCAAGGGGAAACAAGUCAAGGCAGGUGAUGGAGCGGAGAGAACGAGACGGUAGGCGUGAAGGGAAAUGGGAGAGAAGACAUUAGCAUUAGCAUAUUUAAUAUUUAGUGGUUAGGGGCAUAAUAGUCUUUUUCUUCUUUUCUUUUGCUAUUGUUAUUGUAAGUUUUUUUAUUUCUAUAAUUUGUAAGGCCUCUUAAUGUACUUACUAAUGCAACU